AUGGAUCAUUUAUGUAGAGUAUGCGAGGAACGCGUAACAACCAACGGAUUCCGAAAUGCUCAAAAAUGUGAAUGGUUUAAUAGACCUGGUCAUUUCACUGGAACUUUUGAUGCUGUAAUUAAAAUUACUAGAAAUGAAGGAAUUCGUUCUUUAUGGAGUGGGUUAUCCCCCACAAUGCUUAGUGCUGUGCCAGCCACAGUUUUUUAUUUUACUUUAUAUGACAAUUUACAUAAUAUUUUACGUGAAAGGAUAGGAAGUAAAAGCUUUUUUGCUCCAUUAUUGGCAGGUUCAUUAGCUCGAGCAUCUUCUGUUACAAUUGUUUCUCCUUUAGAAUUAAUUCGAACAAAAAUGCAGUCAGAAAAACUUUCAUAUUUUGAAUUAAUAUCAGCAAUUUCAAGAACUAUCCGUUCUGACGGUUAUAGUGCUUUAUGGCGUGGUUGGACAGCCACAAUGUUACGUGAUAUUCCUUUUUCUGCUAUUUAUUGGACUUGUUAUGAAACUUUUAAACAACAAUCUUUAUUAUUUUUAAAUGUUGAAAGAAUUAAUUUUACUUAUAGUUUUUUAUUUGGAUCAUUAGCUGGUAAUAAUAUUUUGAAAAUAUAUUUUAGAAAGGAUUUUUAGAAUAUUAAAGUUGAGAUUAUUUUAAUAUUUAAUGCAAAUAAAAAUAUACGGGAUUCUAAAGGGUAAAUGAUCAUGAGGGAGAGAAAAAAAAGUCAAAUUUCCUAGUAAUUGUUGAAAUCGAUUGG